GCUCACUUGCCUGACUGCUCAGAGUCACAGCGACUUGGUCGGCUCUGGUUCCUGGAUCAGCCCUGUUCCAACUCUGUCACUGGCGCCUCGCUCCUGCCCGCCGCCCCGCACUCUGCAAGCCGCACUGAGACAGAAGGAUGGAGACUCUCCCUGCCGCUUGGGUCCUGGCGCUGCUUUGCCUAGGUUCCCACCUUCUACAAGCAGUUAUCAGCACAACAGUGAUUCCAUCAUGUAUCCCUGAAGAAUCCGAGGAUAAUUGUACAGCUUUAGUUCAGAUGGAAGACGAUCCCCGUGUGGCUCAAGUGCUGAUUACAAAGUGUAGCUCUGACAUGGACGGCUACUGCUUGCAUGGACAAUGUAUCUACCUGGUGGACAUGAGUGAGAAAUACUGCAGAUGUGAAGUGGGCUACACUGGUCUGCGGUGUGAACACUUCUUUCUAACUGUUCACCAACCCUUGGGAACAGAAUAUGUUGCAUUGACAGUGAUUCUCAUUUUCCUGUUUCUUAUCAUAACCACUGGAUCCGUAUACUAUUUCUGUAGAUGGUACAAAAAUCGAAAAAGUAAAAAGUCCAGGGAGGAAUACGAGAAAGUUACCUCAGGAGACUCAGUGUUGCCACAAGUUUGAACAGUGCCAUCAAAUUAUGGACAAGAAUACACAGCAUGCCUGGCCGAUGUCAAUAUUUUGUUGUGUUAAUAAUAUUUAUGUUGGGUCAUGUGUUAGGUCAAUAACUGUAUAUUUUUAAUACGCAUGGAAAGUGUUUUAUUUUUGAGAGAAAUAUAUUUGCUAAUAUAUUAUAUGUAAAAUAUUUAAUAUCAAAAGAAAUUUAAUAUUUUUGU